AUGCACUACCUACUAGUCAAGCUAAGUUCCAGUACAACUGUUGUUUUUGUAAUAUUUGGUUCAGCGAAGAGAAUGAACUUAGAUCGCACUGGAAGCAGUGCCACAGCGUACCUGGUGUCAAAAAGGAGGUUGCCUAAUUUGCUAUUGAUGGAACUGAUAGAAGGAUACAGUUGUGACAAAUGUGGAAGGAAGUACAAAGGCAAGGGUUCAUUGAGGCGGCAUCAAAAGUACGAGUGCCAAAUGCCUCCCAUAUUCAAAUGCCCAUACUGUCCAAAGAGAUGUAAACAAAAAAGUAACCUCAAGUUGCACGUACAUGUCAUGCAUGCCUCUUCCUUUUCUUAGCGAAAAGCAAGAAUUAAGAGGUGUAACAUGACAAUAUCUUCGUGUUAUAACUGAUUCUUUUAUAAUGUAGGUCGAGGAGAGUUAAGACUUAGCAGACACCUUAAAGAGUGUGAGUAAGGGUGGCGAGCACUAACCAAGAGGAUCCUAUGUUAGUUUGUCGUUGAUGAAAUAUAACUGUAUGGUUGCAGUAUGAAAAAUAUCUCAUUCAUAUACAGCACUUCUGAGUUCACAAGCUUUUUAUACUGUCAGCAACAUAUGUACUAAUUUAGGUCCGAAUCCUCUUGUUUUAUUCUCACCGCCUAACAAUGAGAUUAAAGGGUUAGAGUUUUUUGGGGGGUUUUUCGGCCCUGAAGAUAACUCACAUUUCAAGUUUAAAUAUUCUAGAACAUAUGUUGAUUUUGAAGAACACCGUUACCAAGAUAAAAACCACGAACUUUCAGCAGGAGCAAUCCAAAAUUCCAGCCUUCCUGCCUACCACAUUGGGAUUACAUUAUAAAUAACAGGUUCCAUGUGGUCUGUGGAUUGGAAUGUCCUAAACAUGUGCUGCAAGUAGAACUAAAGUUUGUUUAACUCUAAUCCCCUUAAAAAGUCAGUAUGAUCACUUAUUAAAAAAAAAUCAAAAGUUAUAAUCUAUCUUUUUCACAAAUACUGUUCCAAGUCGAAAUGAGACACACACAUAUAAUGUUGGAUAUGAAAUAGUUCCUACUAAUGAAAUGAAACGAAAAAUAUCCUAAUUCAAAAUUUGCACUAAAACAUAAUUGCGUUUUAAACCUACAUUGUGAAAAAUACUGUUAUUCUAUAUCAAGAUGUGCCUAUUUGCAGAAAAAAUAAGGAAUAAUAAGUAUGUUAUGCUAUACACCUGGAAUCCCAAACGGCGACAUUACGCCUUCUAGCGGUUACUGUAUCAGUUCAAGAAGUGGAUUUGAAUAGUUCCGUGUUAGUUGAUUGAAAAUAGAAUUUUCAUCUUGUGACUGUAUUCUUCCAAAUCAACGAAAUGGAUUUUAAUCUUUCAUCAACGUGUUUCUUAUUAUUUUAGUAUUUCGCAAUUUUGUAAUUUUUGGUAGAAAACUUAUCCAUAUUCGAAUAUUUCACUAAUUAUAUGACCGCAUGGUCGCAAAGAUUUCUCCAAAUCUAUAGUAAAACGCAAGACACAAAACAUAUACAGAGUGGGUCACUUAAGAUUUAUCUGAAAUUAUGUGCGAUCCAACCUAAAAUUAUUUUUACUUAAACAGGGUGUACCUUGGAAAUAUCCACAUAUCUCUAAAAUUGAGAUACCAUGUUCUGGUUUUCGCGACUGUUUUCAUUUUGAAAAGUACUAUUCGAAACAUUAUACAAAAGUUGCUUUCUUACCACAGCGUAUUACUCUCAGCUGUCCAUUUAAAUAGGCAUGAUAUAUUUUUCCAAAUAGCAACGCCGUGUUUUCUUAACAUAGUUCGAUGCAAAAACAAAUUUGUUUCAAAUAAUAUACAUUCAAAAAUGGGUGAAUUUUGAACAAAAUGCUAAAAAUAUGAACAUUGGGCUUUUACAAAACAAGUAUUAGAACAAAAAGGAAAAUGUUGAUGAAAGUUUAAAAUACAAUUUCUAAUAUAUGUAAAUGCAAAAAUUUCAGAGACACGGCCAACUUGAAUUUUUUGUUUAAUUCAGGGUCAAAAACCACGCUUAGAGAUAAUGGCUUUUACGAAUUACAUUUUUAAAAAAAUAAUGGUCAUAUUUCUAGAACAGAAAGAACAUCAAAAAAUUUGAAAAAAGUUCCUGUAAAAACCUAGGUCACAAAAUAUUUUACAAAUAUGAUUAUAGCAAAAUGACAUUACCUGCCUAAUAUGCUACAAAUAUUCUUAAUGUCAAACGUCACUAACUUCAUCGUAUUUUCAAAGUCUGUCCAUAUUCAAAUUUUGUUCAAAACGAAUGGUCUAGAAACAUUUCUCGGUCUAUAAUUCAUGGUAAAUUAAAUAUCAUUAAGAAAUAUAUUUCUUUCGUCGUUUGUAGGGCUUAAAAUGUUUAGAUGCCAAUGUAGUGGUGUAGUUUGAGCGAAACAUUUUUCUGCUCGCUGGUUCGUACCACAAGUAUAAAACCUUCAGCCACCGUUAUGAUAUAAUUUUUGUGGAUUUUAAAAUAAAAUGAACACCUUGUAAUUUGGUAGGGAUACGUGUAAGGUGAAUGUGACACGAUCAGUAUUUACUGUGAUUCGCCAGUAUUUAUCAUGGAAUAUGAUAUUUAUUGGCUGUGUAGGCAGGCCGUCAGUAAUUAUUGGUGUUUAAAUUACCUAGAAAUCAACUGACACUAGCGGAAUGAACAGUAAAUACCGAUCGUGUGACAAUCGCCUCACUUGUCCACAUAGGUACUUUCUGCUAUAGAAAUAUGUUCACUGUUUCAUGAAUAUACUGUACGUUUAUACAAUCUGUCAAAUCUGAAUUUUAGUAAAACCUAGUUUUAGUUACAGUAAUUGUUUUUUAAAUCAAACAAAAGGCGGUAUUUUGUUUCAAAUAAACUCUUUUUUGCCAUAUUCCGUUAUUUUUUAAAAGACCUUUCCAAACAAAUUCGUAAGAGUUUAACAUUAUUAUGUUAUCAACGUCAAGCUUGUUGUCAUUUUAGUAAAUAUUGAAGUGAUUCAGUUUAAUAGUACUUUUUAUUAUAUUGGAAGAA